AGCUUAGCUGUGUCUUUCAUUUUCUUUUCCAACGUGCAGACUGCGAAAACCUCCACCAAUCUCUCUCCCCCGAUUUAUCCAUGGCAGAAGAGGCAGUCGAAGUGAGAAUCCGAUCUCUCUCCUUCUUCUUCCCAAGAACCAGAAGCAUCACCUCUCAGCCUCUCCAAUGAUAUCUCAUUCGCAUCUCCUCUCUUUCUUCCCAACAACACUCCUCACCAAACCUUCUCUCGCCUCGUCCUCUCCUUCCCUCUCCUUUCCUUCUCUCUCCUCCUCCAUCUCCAUCUCCAUGUCCUCUUCUUUCUCUCCCAAUCCCACCACCACCAUUUCUCCUCUCUCCCUCUCCCUCUCCCUCUCCGAUCCCGAUCCAUCCAACUCAAUCCCUCCUCCUCCUCCUCCUCCACUCAGAAUCGCCAUCAUCGGAUUCGGCAACUACGGCCAAUUCCUCGCCGAAACCCUACUCUCCCAAGGCCACACCCUCCUCGCCCACUCCCGCUCCGACCACUCCGCCGCCGCCACCCGCCUCGGCGUCUCCUUCUUCACCACAGAUCUCCACGACCUCUGCGAACGCCACCCCGACGUCGUCCUCCUCUGCACCUCCAUCCUCUCCACCGAGUCCCUCCUCAAAACCCUCCCCUUCCAGAGUCUCCGCCGCAACACCCUCUUCGUCGACGUCCUCUCCGUCAAAGACUUCGCCAAAUCCCUCCUCCUCCGAUACGUCCCCCAACACUUCGACAUCCUCUGCACCCACCCCAUGUUCGGCCCCCAGAGCGCGGGCUCCAACCACGGAUCGUGGCGAGGUCUCCGCUUCGUCUACGACAGGGUCAGGAUCGGUGGUGAAGAUAAUAGAUCCAGAGUCUCGAGGUGCGAGAGUUUCCUCGGCGUGUUCGAGAGGCAAGGAUGCGAGAUGGUGGAGAUGAGCUGCGCAGAUCACGACCGCUACGCCGCGGGGUCGCAGUUCAUAACGCAUACGGUUGGUAGGGUUCUGGAGACGCUGAAGCUGGAGUCGACUCCGAUCAACACUAGAGGGUACGAGGCGUUGCUUGGUUUGGCUGAGAAUACACGUGGCGAUAGCUUUGAUCUGUACUACGGGUUGUUUGUUUAUAAUAACAACUCUUUGGAGAUGUUGGAGAGGUUGGAUUUGGCUUUUGAGUCGUUGCGUAAAGAGCUCUUCGGUCGGCUUCACGGUGUCGUGAGGAAGCAGUUGUUUGAAGGGGAGACACAGAAAGCUUCUUUGGAUAUGAUCAGAUCAAAAGACGUUGCUGCUGCUGCUUCCAAGUAUGAAUAUAAUAACACUGAUGAUGAUAGUUGGAGGCUUCUUAAGAUCGGUAUAGUCGGGUUUGGGAAUUUCGGACAGUUUCUAGCGAAAACGAUGGUCAAGCAGGGCCACGCUGUGUUGGCUUAUUCAAGAACGGACUACACCGACGCAGCUGCGGAGCUUGGCGUCUCGUAUUUUUCGGACAUUGAUGAUAUGUUUGAAGAGCAUCCCGAAGUUGUUCUUUUAUGUACGUCGAUCCUUUCGACUGAGAAAGUUCUCAAGUCGCUCUCGUUUCAGAGACUGAAGAGGAGCACGCUUUUUGUGGACGUGCUUUCUGUAAAAGAGUUCCCGAGGAAUGCCUUCCUUCAAACCCUCCCGCGAGAUUUUGAUAUUCUGUGUACGCAUCCCAUGUUUGGUCCGGAGAGCGGUAAAAAUGGAUGGGAAGGUCUUUCCUUUGUGUUUGAUAAGGUUAGGAUCGGGGCGGAUGAUAGAAGAGCGUCUAGGUGUGAUAGUUUUCUCGAUAUUUUUGCGCGUGAGGGAUGUUCUAUGGUUGAGAUGUCGUGUGCCGAGCAUGAUUGGCAUGCGGCUGGAUCGCAGUUUAUCACACACACGGUGGGAAGGGUUCUGGAGAAGCUGGGGUUGGAAUCUACUCCUGUCGAUACCAAGGGCUAUGAGACUUUGUUAAAACUGGUGGAGAAUACUGCUGGUGACAGCUUUGAUCUUUACUAUGGACUGUUUUUAUACAAUCCUAAUGCGAUGGAGCAGCUUGAGAGGUUCGGUUUUGCUUUCGAAUCAUUGAAGAAACAGCUCUUUGGACGACUGCACGGUCUUCUGCAUAAGCAGCUGUUUGGAAAUGAUAAGGAGACUCAAAUCAUGUUGGAGACGACUGGUUAGUCGACUUUCAGAUGAGCUAAUUUUCCUGAACCAUCUUCGGUAAACUAUAAAAUUACUUUUAAGUUAAUGUUCUCUCAGUUUGGCUCCUUGACUUUACCUCCAUCUUGAUGCCUUAAGUUCGAAACUGGUGUUCUUACUUGGGAGUGUUUUAAAAGGCUUUGGUGACUAUAAGUCUAUAAGCUUUUCUUGUAGCUUUGUUUGACCGUGUAUUGGUCUGUUGUAUCUUUUGUCAUUGGAGGUGGAUUCGCGGUUCCAACCA